UGAUAACACUCUAUUAUUAUCGCCUUCACUUACUGUAUAAAUAAGACGAUUUUGUUGAUUAUUUAAACAUUGUACAUCACUCAUGACAACGUAAAAGUACAAAACAUAUACUAAAUACUUCAUCAUGCAGAUUACAAUUGUAAUAUCUUCUUUAUUGUUGGCCGUCGCGGUCCAUGCUUACCCACAAAGCCCCGAAUCUGUAGCCGCUAUUCUUUACCAUGAACAAGAACUCAACCCAGAUGGAUCUUCUAAAGUGAGAUAUGAAACUGAAAACAAAAUUAAACACGAACAAGUUGGUUACUAUGCUCCAAGUCAAAACGGUCAAGGAAUCGCUUCAAAUGUUCAAGGUCAAACAUCUUAUGUUGCCCCAGACGGUCAACUCAUCCAAACUGGCUACAUUGCCAACGAAAAUGGAUAUCAACCAUACGGUCCACACUUGCCAACUCCACAUCCAAUCCCAGAGGAGAUCCAAAAAUCUUUGCAACUUUUAGCUUCAUUACCAAGCACCCCAGAACCACAAUAUCCGUAAAUACCAGUUCCAAAUAAAACAUAUUUUAUAACUUUUCUUUUUCAUUCUCCUUAGAUUUUUCAUUGUAUAAUAUUUGUAUUUCAUUUCAUUCUCCCUGUUGUUAAAUUUAUUUCAUCUUGUAUUUAAAAACUUGUAAACAUUUGUUUGUAUUUAUACAUACAUUUACAAAAAAUAAAAUUGUUUUUAUUUUA